AUGCCUCCAUUUGAUUGGGCUGGAGGUGAUUUGUGGAGCAGAUCCCGGGAAGUCAAAGAAAAACUGAACCAGUCUGUGCUGAGGGAUACAGAGGUGACGUCCAGCUUACAAGCAGAGGUGAAGGAGACUGGACAGAUCAAGGAGACUGGACAGGUGAAGGAUAUUGGACAGGUGAAGGAACCUGGACAGGUGAAGGAGCCUGGACAGGUGAAGGAGACUGGACAGGUGAAGGAGCCUGGACAGGUGAAGGAGCCUGGACAGGUGAAGGAGACUGGACAGGUGAAGGAGACUGGACAGGUGAAGGAGACUGGACAGGUGAAGGAGCCUGGACAGGUGAAGGAGCCUGGACAGAUCAAGGAGACUGGACAGGUGAAGGAGCCUGGACAGGUGAAGGAGCCUGGACAGAUCAAGGAGACUGGACAGGUGAAGGAGACUAGACAGAUAAAGGCGACUGGACAGAUCAAGGAGACUGGACAGGAUUUGAACCUAGACUACGGGACUCGAAGUCAUGGGCUCAGCUGCUCAACGGAGAAAGUGGAAAACGGCGGCGGCGCCCGCGAGCUAAGCGUCAGCGACCUGGGCCUGUGGUCCGACUCCGAGCUAAGGGUCGCGGGUUGCGGUCCUCAGUGCGCGUGCGCCAUGUUCUGGGUCGCGUUGCGCAUGCCCGUUGUCCUCACACGCAGUCGAUUGUGUCUCCAUACUGCGCACGCUCUGUACUGUUAA